GUCCGGGUGACACAGUGUCGAUUUAACAAUGUUCCCAUGUUGUGUAGCAGGUUUGGCACCCAGUGCACCCAGUGCGGUCGUCAGGUGUACGCCAGCGAUUGGGUACGGCGGGCGCGAGGCAGCGUUUACCACCUGGCCUGCUUUGCCUGCUUCGCCUGCAAGCGUCAGCUGUCCACGGGCGAGGAGUUCGGCCUGGUGGAGGGCAGGGUGCUGUGUCGCGCCCACUACGACGCUGUGCUACUCAACCUACAUAGGGCCGCUCAAAACGGAACUGGUCUGACCCUGGAAGGGGCUCUGCCCUCUGACCAGGACAGCCGGCCUAAGCCUGCCAAGAGGGCGCGAACAUCAUUCACGGUGGAGCAGCUACAGGUGAUGCAGAGCCAGUUUGCCCAGGACAACAACCCCGAUGCCGUGACGCUGCAGAAACUGGCAGAAAUAACGGGAUUGAGUCGGCGCGUUAUACAGGUUUGGUUCCAGAAUUGUCGUGCUCGCUACAAAAAGCAACUUCCUCUUCCCGCUACCGGUGGAGUAUUUUAGAAAUAAGCCUAAAAUGGUUACAAACUAACAAACACACAAAAUUAAAUGGUUACAUUAUUGGCCGGGCUAUAAAUAGUUUUUGUUUUUGUGUCGUGUAAGAGCACAAAAGCAACUUUUAACGUCUUCUGUUUUUGUGUCAUUGUGACAAAAUAGACCCAAAAGAGCACUCGACGAAAACAACUUGCUUGUACAUUCUGAUGUAAAUAGAUAUUGAAUAACAAGGAGGCCGUCUUUAAAAGUCUGCCGUUGACAUGAAAAGUGCUUUUCUUGAGUAGCCGCAAACGGGCGCAUUAGCACCGCCAAUUUUGGGUGAUCGAUGUGUCUAAUGGCCGCUGAUUUGACAACUUAUUGGAGCUCUUGGCAUGAAGGAUCUCGACUUGUCACCCUGACUGACGGCAAAUAAGGAGGAGGAGGAUGAUGAUGACCUCUGCUCACGUGUGCAGCCAAUAUGAGAGGAUUCACUGGCGCGAAGAUGGACAAACACGGUCUUAAAAAAAAACGGAAUGCACUUUACUACUUGCACUUAGGCGCUUUAGACGGUUGAUUAAACGUGAAAGUGUGAAUUAUUUAAAGAUUUAUGUGUUUAUUUAUUUUAUUACGUGUUGUAUGACUCUAUGUUUUAUGUUAUCUGCCAAAUUAGCUCUAUGCUAACUUGGCCAUAUUUACGCAAAUAUUGUAUCGCCGUUCAUCAAUUUGCAUUGUCCCUUUCAAAUAAAACAAUAAAAUGACAUUUUUUGGGG